AUGAAAAUGCCUGUACGAAACGUUCCCAUGUAGUUGUAUUCGUGAUCCAUAUUUUGCGGAGGUUUUUAACUAGAAAUUUAUUCUACGCAAAUAAUUUAAAGAAAUUCCAAUCGCUUUUCAAAUCUCAAAAAAGCAGUGUUUUCCUCAAAGGAAGUGUAGCUUUUUCCCAUGGAGAUACGAGGCAAAGAGCUGUGAAAGCAGCAAAUUGUGAAUUUUUUGGUUCGAUUCUUUCGUAUUCUCAUGAAUAUCGGGUGAAAUUGAAACACAAAGACAAGUUAUCCAUCCCCAUACACACACACAACUACUCUUGCAAGUAGCAGUGUCCAUCCACACAACGAAUAAAGACAUCGUCGUGAGGAAGAACAAGCACAAAAGUCGAAGGAAAAAAGCAAACAAAACCCUGAGUGAAUGUUUGUGGUUGAAUCAAAUUCAACUUAAAAAACAAUAGACAAUUUCGUUUUUGGAAAAACGACCCAAGAAAUUCGAAAACCAAUAUAUGCAAGAAGAAAUGCAAUUGAAAAAUUGCUAAAAGAAGUGGCAAAAAAUAAAAGAAAAAAGUCGUGUUUGUGUGAGUGUUUGUGUCGAACAAGAAGAGGAAGAAAUUUACGUGUGUUUGUGUGUUGCAAUCAUUGGACGACAAGCAACACCAAAACGAACAAUAAAAGAAAACCAAAUCAAAGACAUCAACGACCGUCACCAUCGUCUUCUAUCUCUCCAAAGCCUCUGAAAAACGCAAAAAGCAACGGAAGGCUAUUGUGGAGCCAAGCACCAACGAGCCAGCCAGCCAUAAUCCAUCCAGCUCUUGGAGGGAACUAACCCUAUCGCCACCAGCAGCAGGUUUCUGUGGCAACAGCAUAGUGAGUGUUGGAGAAGAAGAGAAGAACGUGCGAAAAAUUUUGUGAUUUUCUUACUUUUUUUGUGUUAUUCCCCCUUCGUUUGGUGUAUUAGUUAACAAGUUAACAGACGCCGUUUUUGUGCCAUUUUUUUCUUCUUCUUCCUUACCUGCGCCUGCUCUCACGAAAUUUCCUGAAAUAUUGAAAUAUCCAUUAUCAAAUUCAUGUUGAUGUAGUUGCUGUAGGGCCUUUCUGCCUACCUACCAACAAACAGCAAUUGUAUCUCUACCCAAUCUUAAGUGGUGUCCCACAAAAAAAAAAACAGAAAAUUGGUAAUUGAAUCCCAGAUGUGUUGAACCAAUAAUAGCCACAAAACAAGCGCAAGCAAAGCAUUUCAAGGUUGCUAAUAUUGGCUUUGCUAUACAAUUGGUCGGAUACUUGUCCUACGUUCCAUCGCACAGAACCAAGAAUCAUCAUUGUAGCCGCUGCAUCCAAUUAGUGUUCCUAAUAUCCUUUUUUGUGAAAGGAGACCAUCAAACGCAAUUGGUGCGAUACCAGAGCUGGCAGCAGUUAUUGGUGGUUGCAUCCGUAAAGACUUUAACGUUCCAUUAUUGCCGCUUUGGAAUGUUAGAUGCGGUGAACUCUUGUAUUUACGGUCGUAGCAGUAGAAGCAGCAAAAGUUCGAGUAUUACAAGUCGUUUGAAAGUGCAUUCGGAACAAGGACAUCAUCUUACAAUAACAGUUUAUUUGGAUUAUGGCGAAUUUAAAUUUUCAACAACCCCCAAGAAGCAUAGCAAAUGCAUCUCUAACGGGCAGAACUACAGGCGGAUUUGGUGGUAGUUCAUUGUCCGGUCAUGUAACACCCACGUCAGGAAUGUUUCCAAGUGGAGCGAAUUAUGGACAAACGCAACCUCAACUAUCACCGAAUCGUAAUGCUCAGCUAUCGGUUGGUGGUCCUGCGUUAACAAGUGGUAAUCGUGCAAAUGUUUUCAGCCAGCGUCCAUAUGUGGAAAGAAGAAUGCAAGGCCUGGGAGCAGGACCUAUGUCGAACAUGGGUAAUUUCAUGCAAACAGGUCGAGGAGGUUAUGGCAACAGUGGUAGUGGCGGUGCCGCUGGUGGUCCUCUGAAUAAUUUCCAUAAUGUGUUUGGUGGCAGUGGGGAUACAACAACGCCGGCCCUGCUUGAUCCAUCAGAAUUUCCAUCACUGACAAAUGUCCGCGGCCAGAAUGAUCAAUCACUGCCUCAGACGAAUCCCCUCCAGCCGCCGGGAAGCAAACCUUAUGGUAAUUUCUUUACCUCUUUUGGCAUGGUGAAACAACCAACAUCGGAACAAUCGGAAUUCACGAUGUCGAAUGAAGAUUUCCCUGCGUUACCGGGCACACACAACUCGGAUGGUACAACGAAUGCGGGAAGUAUUGGACUAACAGAUAGUAAUAAUUUGGAUGGUACGGAUAAGACGAUGAAUUCGAUUGUAUCGAAUAGUGGGUUGGGUGCCGUGGGUAGCGGAGCCGUGGGAUCUGGUGGAGGUUCAACAGCAGGAUCAUCAGGUGCCGCCGGUAGCAGUGCGGUCGGUGGCUCUGGCGGAGCGUCAGGUGUUGGUGUAGUUGGCGGUGGCAGUAGUGGAGGUGCGCCUGGCAGCUCGACGGCAACGAGCAGUGGUAGUGGAAGUGGUGGUGUGAUUGGCAGUGGUAUUGGUGGUAUUGUUAACAACUCUGGAGUGAGUAGUGUACAGCCCAGUGGUAGUAGUGGUGGUGGUGGAGGAGGCGGCAAUACAACGGCUGGUCUUAGUGGUAUGGGUAAUAGUGGUAGCAUUGAACAACAUCAACAACAACAGCAACAGCAGCAACAACAACAACAGCAGCAGCAACAGCAACAACAGCAUCCGAACGAUAAUUCCAGCGAUAAUAAAUUGGUGAAAACCGGCGUGCAAACAUCUCCUGAUGGCAAAGUCACAAAUAUACCAGCGAGUAUGGUGAAUAACCAAUUUGGAAUGGUUGGACUACUGACGUUCAUGCGUGCCGCAGAAUCCGAUCCAAAUUUGGUGACAUUAGCCUCAGGCAUUGAUUUAACAGGGUUAGGUUUAAAUCUGAAUUCCCAAGAAAGUUUGCAUCCAACAUUCGCUGGACCGUUUGCGGAUCAUCCCUGCAGAGCACAAGAUGUCGAAUAUAACGUGCCACCCGAAUAUCUGAUUAAUUUUGCGAUAAGAGACAAACUUUCCUCGCCUCAUUUAAAAAAGCUUCAAGAAGAUCUGCUGUUUUUCCUGUUCUACACAAAUAUCGGCGAUAUCAUGCAACUUAUGGCUGCCGCUGAAUUACAUAGUCGUGAGUGGAGAUAUCACAUAGAGGAGAAAAUCUGGAUAACUCGAAUUCCUGGCCUCAACCACCAAUAUGAGAAAAAUGGUACAAAAGAACGUGGCACCUUUUACUACUUCGAUGCGCAGAGUUGGAAACGUUUGUCCAAAGUUUUCCAAAUCGAUCCCGAGAAAUUAGAUAAAUGCCCCAAUAUAAGUGCGUUUAUGAACAUAAAUGGACAGUCUGUAUAAUAUUAAUAAAAAACGAAAAAAUCUUAAAAACACGAAAAAAAUCUUUACAAAGUUCUUUAAAAAAACUUUCUUUUUUAAAAUUAAGGAUAAAACAAAAAAACAACACACAAAGCAUGAAAAAA